AAACCCUAACCCACCACCUCUUCAUUUAGAUUCUCAAAAACUUCACACACUUGUAGAUUGCGCGCCAAUCCUUUCAACUCGCCCCAAAAGUGCGCUCUUUUUCUUCCUCUACUUCGAACAAUCGUUGCUAUUUUUUUUAUUUUUGUACCCGAUUCUCUUCCAUUUCAACUGGGUUUCAAGCUUAUGGAUGAUCGGUGCGAUUCCAGAAUCGAUUCAGACCCCUUUUUGUCCUCGCCCGGAUCGAAAACUAAGAAUUUAGGCGGGAAGAGAAGUAGCAGUAAUUUUGAAGAACAGUGUGAGACUGAUCUUAAGAGGAUAAAAUUGCGAGAUUCUGGAUCCAUGUGUGGUUCUCAAGCGAUGAGUGUUCUUCAGGAGAAUUGUUCGAAAACAUAUGAAGCUAGUGACGAAUGUCAGAUGGUUGAAGAAGAGGGGUUCCUAGCAGUUGAUGUGCCUAAGAAAUUGGAUGUUAAUGCUUCUCCAGCCAAAAUGGCUGAGGAGACUAACGUGUUCGUGGGAGCUGUUAGCCCUACCCUUAGACCACUGGAUCUUAAUACUGAAGUUUGUGUUGCUAAAAGUUCAGGUUCCGAUAACAUCGAUUUGGUGGACAUUUCUAGAAAACAACAUGAGCUCAGGAGCAACAAAGGCUCACGUGUAGCUGCAAGAGGCAUUGAUUUAGAUCUCAAUGUAGAAGAUGUUUCUAGCUCUAUAAACCUGGAAAUCGUUCACCCUCUCAAGAACUGCAAUAGGUUGAAGUCACAGGAUUCCUCCGAAUGUGCUAGCUCUACGGGUCCAUUGGGAGAGAAGGAUCCAUUAAGAAUUUGGAAGGAGAUGAAGCAAAAUGGAUUUCUUUCGGCAUCUCAUGUAAGCAUACCGGCACUAAAGCAAUGUGGGAGGAGAAGCAAAAACGAUGCUCAUAAAAAAAAGAUGGAAAUUGCAAAAAGAGAGAAGAAGUUGGAGCUUGCUAAGAAAGAGCAGAUCGAUCGGUUCACCAAGAUUGCUGCUCCAAGUGGUUUGCUUACUGAACUGAAUCCCGGGAUUAUAAACCAUGUAAGAAAUAGAAAACAGGUCCAUUCGAUUAUUGAGGCAAUUGUAAGGUCUGAAAAACAAGAAAACGAACGCCUAGCUAAUAAGCUUCUAUCGGAAAAAAGACAUGUCUCCAAGGCAGGAGCCAAAAGGGAUCUUGAAAACACCAAUGAUCCAGAGGUAAAUGUAUUUGGCUCUUCUCAAGUAUACGGCCCGUCAAAUAAUUUUUCUGCCAGUAGGCAAAAAAGAGUAUGCUCCUUGACAAGAUCGUUGAUAACGGAGCCUGAAGGUGUGGACCAUGGACAAAUUAUGUUAGAUCGAGCCAUCGGCAAGAACUAUACUUCACAAUCGAAUACUACAAAAGACAAGGAAAAUCUUGCACUUGAGCCAUCAUCAUCACAUGCUGUGUCUGAGAAUGCUUGUCCAGUGUCUAAUGAUGAAGAAGAAAAUUUGACAUGUAUUUCAUCUCUUUCUCUUAAAGCUGCUACUGUUGCUUCUCAAUGGUUGGAUUUAAUGCAUCAGGACAUCAAAGGGCGUCUUUCGGCUCUACGACGGAGUAAAAAAAGGGUUCGAGCAGUUAUUUCUACAGAGUUGCCAUUUCUAAUAUCUAAAGAAUUUCCAUCUAAUGAAGAGAACGAUCCAUAUGUUGCGAAGAAUUCGCUCGAAGAAACUUCGGUUGUUUCCUCUGCUGAUCUACAUCAAGCAAGAUGGACGAAACUGUUCGAUCAGAUGGAUAAAGCUCUUGCUGAAGAAGAGAAACAAUUAGAAUGUUGGUUGAACCAAGUAAAAGAAAUGCAGAUGCAUUGUGAUCAAGGGCUUACUCAUGCUCAGUCAAGCGCAGCUUUCGGCUCACCGCAACUGGGAGAAACCCAAAAUGACUCGAGAACAAAGAAAAUGAAUAACACAGAGAGAGCAUUAGCUGUUGGGGCAGCUGCAGCUUCCAUAUAUUCAACUUGCAACUUUCUUUUCUCAGAGAAUGUAUCCUGUUUCUGAUUUUUUCUUCCCUUUUUUUUUUUUUUUUUUUUUUUUUUUUUUUUUUUUUUUUNGGGCUAAAUUCUAGCUUUGUAAGCCUUAAAUGUGCUGCCUGCUGCUGUGGUAUAGUGAUUAGUUUUCUCUCUUUUUUUCUCUUGAAUCCUUUGAAGGCUGUUCUGAGAAGGAAAAAGAAAGUGUACUCGUUGAGUUUUUCUCUUAGAAAUCAAGCAUUAGUUUCACAGCCUUCAGAGACUACUGGUAUUUUUUUGGAUAUAUACACCCAUCUCCUUUUCUCUGCA